AUGAGUCGGAAGGGCCCAUUAGUGAAAAAUAACGAGACGGAUGUCCCAACUCGUAUCGCCAUCGUCGAGAAGGACCGCUGCAAACCGAAGAACUGCGGAUUGGCGUGCAAACGAUCGUGUCCAGUCGUUAGACAAGGUAAUCCCAGUUUUUUUAAUUUGACACUGACAGUUGUGGUGUUAUAGGAAAGCAGUGCAUUAUUGUCGAAGCAACAUCCACGAUCUCGCAAAUCUCGGAAGUUUUGUGCAUUGGAUGCGGUAUCUGCGUGAAGAAAUGUCCGUACGACGCAAUCAAAAUCAUCAAUCUUCCGGCCAAUUUGGCGAAUGAAACUACUCAUCGUUAUUCGGCAAAUUCUUUCAAAUUACAUCGUCUGCCAACUCCGCGAUGCGGCGAAGUUCUCGGACUCGUCGGAACGAACGGUAUCGGAAAGUCGACGGCGCUGAAGAUUCUCGCCGGAAAGCAGAAACCGAAUCUCGGAAACUUUUCGAAAGAGCAAGAGUGGACGACGAUCAUCAACUAUUUCCGAGGCUCCGAGCUCCAGAACUACUUCACUCGUAUUCUGGAAGACACUUUGAAGUGCGUCAUCAAGCCACAGUAUGUCGAUCAGAUUCCGAGAGCCGCCAAAGGAACGGUCGAGCUGAAUUUGAAAAGAAAGCACGACAACGAUAAUUUGGACACGGUCAUCGAUCAAAUGGGUCAGUUUCUUAGAAGCUGUUAAAACGGCAUUCGACUGUUUCAUUUUAGAGCUCCGUGGUCUUCUCCAACGUAAUAUUGAGCAGUUGUCCGGAGGAGAACUUCAACGUUUCGCCAUCGCAAUGUGUUGCGUGCAGAAGGCCGACGUCUACAUGUUCGACGAGCCAUCCUCCUAUUUGGAUGUGAAACAACGUCUGAAGGCUGCCGCCAUCAUCCGGGAGCGCAUCAGUGACACCAACUACGUCGUUGUCGUCGAACACGAUCUCGCUGUUCUCGACUAUCUGUCCGACUUCAUCUGUUGCCUGUACGGAGUCCCAGGAGUGUACGGAGUGGUCACCCUCCCAUCCGGAGUCCGCGAAGGAAUCAAUAUGUUCCUGGACGGAUUCAUCCGGACCGAGAACAUGAGAUUCCGUGAAUCUAAGCUGUCUUUCAAGACUUCCGAACAACAAGAGGAGAUCGUCAAACGCACCGGAACCAUCAAAUACCCGGCCAUGUCGAAGACACUCGGAAACUUCCAUUUGAACAUCGAGGCUGGAGAAUUCUCUGAUUCUGAAAUCAUUGUGAUGCUCGGAGAGAACGGAACUGGAAAGACUACCAUGAUCCGUAUGAUGGCUGGAUCAUUGAAGCCAGAGGACGAAGACACCGAACUGCCGCACGUGAGCAUUUCGUACAAACCACAGAAGAUCUCGCCGAAAACGGAGACAACUGUGCGGUACAUGUUACACGACAAGAUCCAGAACAUGUACGAGCAUCCACAAUUCAAGACUGAUGUCAUGAAUCCGUUGAUGAUGGAGCAAUUGUUGGACCGUAAUGUGAACGAACUUUCCGGGGGAGAGUUGCAGCGUGUCGCCCUUGCUCUGUGCCUCGGAAAGACUGCCAGUUUGUACCUGAUUGAUGAGCCGUCCGCCUAUCUCGAUUCGGAGCAACGUCUCCACGCCGCCAAGGUCAUCAAGCGAUUCAUCAUGCACGCUAAGAAGACGGCGUUUGUCGUUGAGCACGACUUCAUCAUGGCAACCUACCUGGCCGACAGAGUCAUCGUCUUCGAUGGACAACCUUCCGUCAAUACGAGAGCUUGCAGGUGAACUAUUUUCUUCGGAUAACCUAAUUAACAUGAAUACGCUGCAGACCGCAGUCGUUGAUCGAGGGAAUGAACCGAUUCCUCGCGAUGCUCGACAUCACUUUCCGCCGUGAUCAGGAGACGUAUCGACCGCGCAUCAACAAGAAGGAGUCGGUGAAGGACGUGGAGCAGAAGAAGAGCGGCCAGUACUUCUUCCUCGACGACAACUAA